AUGGAAGAAGACCAAAAUGGCGCCGCCGCCGCAGUCGUCGGGCGGCCGCCGAGCAGCGAAACCUGCGGAAUGAUCGUCAACCACGGUAGCGGCGGGGACGGGCCGACGGCUACGGCGGCGGCUGCCGCCGCAGCGCCACCGACACCAGCACUCCCAGCGGCAGCGGCGGCAACAGCGUUCGGAGCCCCGGCGCGCCCAGCGCCACGGUACGGCGCACAUCUCAACUGCAACAAUAACAAUUCGGUCAUCAAAGGGCAGCUAAAGGGUCCCGGUACUCUAGAUCACAGAAAUAGGCGUACGCGUCGUGGUAAGCGUAAAAGCAGAAAGCAAACACCAUACAUGAAAGAUGGAAGAUUAUAUCGAGACAAAGCUGUGGCUCCCAACAACACUAAUCAGUUUUUAAUGGAUGAUCAUAAUGAUGGACCAGACAUAGAUAAAAAACUGUUAGCACGGUACAGCAAUGAAAAUGGGCGUACAAGAAAUUCAAGUUACACUAGUGUCGAAUCUGAAGGUGAACAGAUGUAUUCUUCAUCGUCAGAUGAUGGUACUUCAAUACAAAAGGAGUUUAUUGAUACCUACAGACUUGUUCAAGAAGAAGAGUUGGCGGUGUUAACUAAAAACGAACUCGUUCAACGAGUGAUUGAGCUUGAAGAAAAAAUACAAAUGCAAGAGUCUAAUAAGAGGUUUAAAAAAAAUACGGUUACAUAUUUAAAUGGCAUACCUAAAGAAGAAGACGAAGAUAACUCUAUUGAUUUAGAAGAAUAUAGAGCAUUGCAAGUACAGAAUAGAGAAUUGAUAACGCAAAACAAACUGCUGCAAGCCGAAAUCGAAGCUCUUAAACAAAUACAAACCAAGAUGAGGAAUAAUGAUUCAGAUAGCUCUAUAGAUAGUGAAAGUUCAUCAGACUCCAGUAGCUCUUCCAGUUCAUCAGAUGGACAAGAAAUAGAAAUGAAGUUCUUAUUACGGAGUACUGGAAGAGACGAUUGA